GUACAGCAUCAUGGAGAAGCGUUCGAAAUACACAAGAAGCAAUGCUCGGACAUGGUAAAUGAAGACUUCAACCGCGCGAGCCCUCGACGCCUCCAAAGUUGGGGAACCGAGCUCGCUGAUGUCAGUUCUCAAGUUCCAACGCUCGCACGGGAGCUGCGGCCAGCGGGCCUGAUUGAUCCUGACGAUCCGCAGCCUACCUACAGAGGAUUCAGAUUAUGGGGUUGA